GGUGACUGUGUCAGUGCAUCAGUGGCUCAGUCCAAGUCAUUUGAGUUGCUUUGCCAUAAGCCAUAAGGUACAUUAUAAAUUUGGUCAUCAAACCCAAAUCACCUGGACUCUAAGCUACCAUUUGGGGUGCUGCGACCGGAAAGGUUGCCUUAGAUUUAGCACGACUCCUCCCCCCCACCGUAGACUAAACUCGUGCCUCUCCAACCUUUAACUAACCUAAACCUCAAUCAACACUUUUACCAAACCAGAACAAUCCGUCAUCAUCAUCUUCAUCAUCAAACAAUACCACUGAACCCAAAUCAUCCCAUACCGUCUGCCAUCUUCUGUUUUUUUAAUUCAUUUUUCUUAUUUUGAUACGUCCGCCGUUUUUCUUAUUCGUCUUCCAUAGACCAUCCCAUUAUCACCAAACGACACCGUGAAGAUGCGAUCCAAGUUUAAGGACGAACACCCCUUUGAGAAGCGCAAGGCCGAAGCCGAGCGCAUCCGUCAGAAGUAUGCCGACCGUAUUCCAGUUAUUUGCGAGAAGGUCGAGAAAUCAGACAUCGCGACCAUCGACAAGAAGAAGUAUCUCGUACCUGCCGAUCUCACUGUAGGCCAGUUUGUCUACGUAAUCCGGAAGCGCAUUAAGCUCUCACCGGAGAAGGCUAUCUUCAUCUUCGUCGAUGAGGUCCUCCCUCCGACCGCUGCUCUCAUGAGUAGCAUCUACGAGGAACACAAGGAUGAAGACGGAUUCCUCUACAUAACUUACUCAGGCGAGAACACUUUCGGCGACGCCGCUUGAGACGUACCCUUUCUCAGAUUUUUCCCCCCAACGGCGUUAACGGUUUUUCUCGGGCUGGACGACAACGAUGUGAUUAUUAGUGGCGAUGAAUUAUGGAUAGGGACAGGAAUAUUUACGACGGAUGACUGAUAGGGGCUGCGUCUGUCUGCCUAGUCACAUUGCGUUCCCUAAUGUGUAGAUGACAAUUAAAGGCGCCCUUUUUGAUUUCAUAUCAUCAAUAUCAGUGUGGCCUGUCCGCCAUUUCAUCCUACGCAGAGCCUAAGGUGAUUUGCACAAACAAACAUUCUCUGUUAAAUUUUUGUCUAGACAUCUCUUUUCCCAGUGAUUGGGGUAGCCUAUAACCCGUAUUAGGUACCAACAUGGGGUCACGAUACACCGCUUGCGUUCUCUAACAGACGCUUUCUUGGAUAACCUUAGGUACUCUGUACGUAGCUUCGCAGAUCUCCUUCUGUGCACGGUCCUGCUAUCAUAUGUCGCUCCUUGUAACUUCGAGCAUUUGAAUAGACUUAAUCUUCA